AUGCUGAAUAUAAUCAAUACCAUCACCGACCGACCGGAUUGGCACCGUGCCAUCUUUGACCAGCAAAUUAUCACUCAAUGGCGAGAAGACGCCAUUGCAUCGUCGUCGCUGAUCAAUGACAAAACAUGGGACUGGUGCUUGCAAGAGUUGCAAGACAAGGCACGACAGUUCGACCGAGACGGCCGCUUGGUCGUCUUCAAUACGAGGAGUGGCCUGUCGGAUUUUGUCGGGCUGUUAUCUCAGCAAGCCAUUCGGGAGAAGUCAGAGUCAGCUGUGGUGAAUAUCGUCGAUCCGUCUUUAUUUCCUCUUGUCUAUGGGAGAACGAAAAUCCCGCACCAAACGGGCCCAUUACAGCUUCAGGACAAGAGCAAGCCCGGUCACUGCCGUUUUCUCACUUUGUCUCUUGUCGAUCCGACCUACCGGCUUUGCUCUACAUGGAACGUUCCACCCCAGCAGCCUGAUUGGAUCAAAGGCGACGGCGCUGAGUCUGCGACGCAAAUGGAUAUGGGAGAGGCACUCGAGCUGAGAGAGGAAUUGGUCAAGGAACACGUCAAGAAGGAUGAGGGUGUCUUUGAGCUUGGUAGUACUCUUUCGUUUUCUGGGUUUUCAUGA